AGAAUAAUAGAUCACGAGGACGACAAACUUCCGUGUUGUCUGAAGUUGUCUUGUGCUGUAGCCUACACAGGCAAAGAUGUCUCGCCUGGCUUUUUAUAUUUUCCUGACCUCAACAGUAACAAUUGUGUCGACGCAAUAUGUUCCGCCGUACACAGAAGAAUGCAGAACUGGCAUGUACCCUCCUCAGGGUCCAACGUUCAAGGGUGCAGUUACCUGGUACACAGUUGAUCUAGAUUUGCCUCCAAGCAAAAGAUGGGCAGCACUUAUGACUGAGAAGAAAGAUGAGAUUGCCAGUAUGAUCAAGGUCAUCAAGGAUUUGGCUGAUGCUUUUGUUCCCAGCGGGAAACUUGUUGAAUUUGUUGACACUCUUCUGCCUCUCAUAGUUGACACACUUCCAUAUCCAUUUAACGAAGAACUUAAAGGAAUAGCAGCAGCUUCCGAAGUUCCUUUGGGCGAGGUUGCUCUUUUCAAUCUGUUCUACGAGGUGUUCACUGUUUGCACCUCAGUGGUAGCUGAAGAUUCAGAUGGUAAUUUGAUCCAUGGCAGAAAUCUGGAUUUUGGACUGUUCAUGGGAUGGGAUAUGAAGAACAAGUCAUGGAUGAUCACAGAGAAGCUGAAACCGCUGGUGGUGAACAUUGACUUCAGGAGGAGCAACCAUACUGUCUUCAAGUCCACAGGCUUCGCUGGCUACGCUGGCAUGCUGACUGGCAUGAGGCCGCACUCCUUUUCCCUGACCAUCAACGAGCGCUUCAGCAUGGAUGGAGGCUAUAUCGGCAUCAUUGAGUGGCUUCUGCAUCACCGGGAUGCCAUGUGGAUGGGGUUCCUGACUCGCACAGUUCUGGAGAACGCCACCAGCUAUGAGGAGGCCCGCUCCAUGCUGUCCCAGACUAAACUGCUGGCUCCGGCCUACUUCAUCCUGGGAGGGAACCAGACUGGGCAGGGCUGCCUCAUCACCCGUGCCCGAACACAGAGCCUGAAGCCCUUGGAGCUGAACUUAAAGCAGGGCAGGUGGUACCUGCUGCAGACCAACUAUGACCACUGGAAGGAGCCGCUGUUCCUGGACAACCGCCGGACCCCUGGCAUGAAGUGCAUGAACCAGACGCUGCAGCCUAACAUCUCCUUCAAGACACUCUAUGAUGUACUCUCUACGAAGCCAGUCUUGAACAAGUUGACCACCUACACUACACUGAUGGAGGUAUCGAAGGGCAAGCUGGAGUCUUUUGUGCGCGACUGCCCCAGCCCAUGCAUGCCUUGGUGAAGGCUGUUCCGACAUUAGAUUGAUUUAAGGGGGGGAAGCCCUGCUCAUCCAGGAGAUGCAUCCGUUUGAAUGCGAAGCGAAGACCAAGAGGAAUUCAUCAGAAUACUGGCUGGUCUUAGUCACACACACACACACACACACACCACUGAAUGCCUUCAUUAACCGCUCAGAAUCAAGUGCUUAAAAAUGACAAAGCUUUAUGGUAGGGAGAACUCCCACAAAAUAUCUUCUGCACUUUUAAAUGUCCUGUCUACCUUUAUCAAUGCAACCAAGGGUUGGACCUUAGAAGUGAGUCUGCAUCUGACCACUUGAUUGAGAAUGAGUUUAGUACGUUAAAACUAGUUGCCGUGUCAGGUAAAAGGUGUCAGUUGUUUGAAACAGCACAAGAUGCCUUUUUAGUUUUAUCAAGUCUGUAUACCUCAGGUUUCGAAUGGUUUAAUUUUUCUACAUUAUGUUUAAAACUUGAAUGCUUGAAAGAUGGUAAAAUGAUUUUGGCCCAUGAGUGUGAUGGGACACUAAAUUCUAGGGGCCCAUUUAAUAUGUUCUGUACUUACCCGACUAAUCACUGUAAUGAUGCAGAUGCAAAGAUGAUUAUUUUGCUAAAUGUCCUAACACUCUGAAAUAAACAACGAGAAAUGAAA